CGAACAUUUACUUGCACGCAGUUACCCACCUAAGACGUCGCACCAUCAUGGCCGGAUGGCGCGCAGUCGUCGUGGGGUGUUUGCUUGCUAUCUUGGCGUUGUGCGCAGCAAACGACGUGGCCACAGAUGGCUCGACCUACUACGUCUCGAGGGCCGAGAAACUCUCGUCAGCUGACUGGCGCACAAAUACCGAAGAUGUGCGCGUGACGAGUGCCAACGCCGCCGCGGACGGCACCAUCACGUGGUCCGAUUCACUCGCGUCUGGGGGCACCGAGAUCGUGGGAGCGAAUGUGUUGGACGCGGCGGGGAAUUUGUACGUCGUGGGGUCAACCACGGGCAAUGUGACGGCGGACACGUGCAACGCGGGCAGCUUCGACUUGUUUUUGAUCAAGUUGUCGCCCACAGGCACUCGUCUAUGGAUUGCUCAAAUUGGCACUCCGCAGCACGACGAAGCGCGGCAUGUCUUGCUGCAAACCGAAGCCGACGGAAGCGAAUACGUGUAUGUGUGUGGCGUCACGUUUGGCGCGCUGGACGAACAGCUUCACGCGACUAAUGGGUACCGCCAAUUUGGUGGUCGCGAUGUAUUUGUCAUGAAGUACACCACCGCCGGGCGCAAACUCUGGGGUCGACAAUUUGGGACUUCCACCGACGACUUUACCUAUGGCCUCAGCAAAAGCGACGACGGAAGUGUGGUGGUCGCGGGUGGUGGCGGCAGGGGGCCUACCCGAGUCAAGUUUCUAGCUAUGUUUAGCCCCCAAGGGCAGCUAGUGAACCACGUGGUGGACGGAGGGGUAUCCAUCCUGCCCGUCCAGACGCGUAUCUCCGAGGCGCCUUCGACUACCACCGGUCGGUACACUUUGGUGCUCAAUCGGAGACCGUCUGCCCCAGUAACAGUCGCGAUGUCCAGUCCUGCUAUCCCUAGCCCCAGCGGCGAGACGCUCACGCAAGUGAACUUCGCCCCUGUGGCGGGGCUUGUAUUUACGCCUGAGAAUUGGAAUUUGCCCCAAGAAGUGACUGUGACUGCCAUCGACGACAGCAUUGCCGAAGACACGCACUACGCUUCGAUAACGCACGCAGUGGUGAGUUCGGACCCGCACUUUGCGCCGUCGACGCCGUUUAUGCUGGGCAAGUCCGUCGCGUUCACCGUCACAGACAACGACCGACCGGGUGUGUUUCUGUCUCGGUCGAACGUGUAUGCUGUGGAAGGUGGGGGCACCGAUCGCUACGGGGUGGUGCUCACGACUCGGCCUUGGUAUAACGUCACGGUGACGGCCGUGGCGAUGCGGCCGCUGCAAACCCAGCUAACGCCGUCGCAGGUCGUGUUCACGCCGCAGAAUUGGAACGUGGUACAGUACAUCGUCGUGCGUGCCGUCGACGACAACGUGUCCGAAAACGAAUUCGGCGGCGUGCACUCGGGGGGUUCCAUUUGGCACUACGCGACCAGUCGCGACUGUUUCUACAACACGCGCCAGCCGUCGUGCUUUUACGUUGCCACGUGUACUUGCGCCGGCAGCACAGUCACUCGUGGACAAUGUACUUCAAUACAGACUACUGCGGCAUGCGUGGCUGGCUCGCCCGAGCUCGUGUGCGAUAUAGCCUCGAAUGGAACUGUAUCGCAGCUGGGAAAUGGCGUCUCGGUCGUGCAGCUUGGAGGGGGAACCCUCGCCGUCCCCCUCUCGGCCGUUCCAGUUCGUUACGGCCACUUGGCGCUAAAUCCGAACCCGCCGUCGUCUACCUCCACCAGUGUGAAUGCCGACGGGGAAACCAUCGAACUAUGGGCGCGCCAGGUUCAGUUCAACCCGCCGCCGUUCGACGACGGGUGGGGCGGCACGUGGUCGAGCCAAACUGUGCAAAGUCUAGACUUCCCCAACCCCAACCCCGUCAGUACCAAUGUGUCGGGGCUGGUGCUCACAGCUGUCCCAGCCGACGUCCUUGGCUACGUCUACACGUUUGCGGGCGUGCUGGACGGACCUGGUCUAGCGACGCUGUCCCAAGACCCGUUCAAGUUGUUGUGGCAGUUGUGCCUUGGAGUUCAGCGCCUCACGACCCAGCGUUGGGCGUUUGAGGCGUGGCCCCCGGGAAUGGCGGACCGCGUGCUCGACGCCAUCUUUCGUGUCCUCCCGAGUACAGUUGUGCAGGAGCGCCAGUUGUGGAACUGCGGCAUGGCGUCAUUCGCUCCCCGUCCAGAGAUGGCCGUGACCAUCUUUGACAACGACCCAGCUAUCACGUUGUCGUCGCCAGUGCUUCGAGUGGCAGAAGGUCCCGGCGGGACGACCAGCCAGUACUCAGUCGUGCUACACGCGCCUCCGUCUGUGUCGGGGGUGGCGUCGACGGUGUCGUUCUGCGAUCCCUCCACAGACUUGAAUGUGUGCCGGACGUCGCUGUCCGCUGCUUUUUUCACAUCGGUGUUUCCACCUGGUGCUAGCUCCGACACCGUGUCCGUGGUCGCGCAAUCGUCGGCCCAAGUGACGAUUUCGCCCCCGUUUCUCACGUUUACCAACGCCAACUGGUUUGUUCCUCAAUGGUUCGCCGUGUCUGCUGUCGACGACGCCGUCGCGGAGGGUACUUUGAACACGUCCAUCACGCACACUCUCUUUGGCACGUCGUCGUUCGCGAACGCCGCGUUCUGGUUCAAGCAAGAACUUCCAUCGAGUAACCUCCCAGACACGAUGCCCCUCCCGAUUCCGUACAACGACAUGCCCACCGUGCUCAAGGCCCCCAACCAUCGCCGCAUCCAAGUGGUCGUAGCCGACAACGACGUCGCGGGGGUGGUUGUGUCCAAGCCGCAGUUGAGUUUGAAGCAGUCGACAGCCACCACGCGUCAUGUUGGGGAAACAGUGCGCGGGACCUGCAUCGACAGCUUAACGGUGGUGCCAGGGUUGGGCGUGCAACGCAACGUGUUGUUACUGACGGAUGCGUCCAUGACGCUGCUCAAGUUUCACGUUCCGACGUUGCACUGGACUGCGUUCCACGGUGCAAUGUCGUCGGCGUCGAUUGUCCUGUUCCGCACACAGUAUGACGUGGUCAACUCCACGCAACUCAAUGCGACCAAUGACAACGCGUUGUACCCGACGGCGUUGCUGCGGGUGUUGCUGGUCGCGAGCAACUGGUCCGAGGCCGACUUGUCGCCACAGCCCCCCACACUGCCGUUUACUGCGAUCGAGCAAAAUGUGACCCUCAGUCCCGACUUUACCCUUUCCAUUGACGUCACGGCGUUGCUAAAGGCGGUAUCGCCGUUGGUAGUUGUGUCGUUCCGUGUCGACAUCGUGGCUGACCCUGCCAACUUGCAAAUGCACUCGCGCGUCCACCCAGAGAACCUUCCGCCCAUGCUGGUCAUCACCACCGACUUUCCCAACUUACUGGGGAAUCAGCCCAGUACUGCAGUCCAGCCCAAUAGCAGCAUCGCAAACGUCACGACCGAUGGAAGUCGCACGAGUGUUGGAGACGUCAUCACGUCUUUCUGGCAGGCCAGCCUCGGGACUACGACGCCAUCGGGCACACUCGCGAUCUUUCUCCCCCAAAGUGUCACUUCGGGGUAUCUGGACGUCGUGGUAUCCACCGAUCCGUUCAAUUCGACGUGGGACCUGGCCACAUCUCAAGCCCACGGCACUGCGUUUCGCCGGCUGCCCAUUCUCCGACCAGUCCUUCUUUGGCCUGUGAAAGCCGCCACGCUCUACAUUCGCAUCUUUGCGUCGGUCGCCCUUGCGGAAGUCGAGUUUUAUGGGCCUGGCAUCACCCUUACCACCACGGACGACGGGUGGGGCGUACGGUCAACCACCGCGCUGCUCGAACCCAAGCUCAACGACGGCCUCGUGCGAACCUCGUGGGGGUUUGCGUCCGGCGCGUACAUCGGGGACGACAACCUUGCGGCGGGCAUGCCCACCACCCAAAGCAGCGUCGGGUCCGUUCCGUUCUCGACGUCUUUUGAGACGAAUCCUUGGUGGAAUCUCGACUUGGGCUCGGUGGUGUCGAUUGGCGACAUUGCACUGACGCUCGGCCGGACGCUGGAUGAAGUGGUUGCAUGUGCCAGUCCCACCAUGCCAGUGGAUGCAACAUCCAUCUCGUCGUUCACAUCGAUCCGACUGCGCUUGUCGGCGCUACCCAUGACAAACACACCCGAUCCUACGAAAGAAGUGUCAUACACAAAGGCACUUGGCGCGUGCUUCUCCACACAAGUGACAUGGCCAUCCUAUGCAUCUGGCCGGUACUUACGCGUGGAAUUGACUGGCCGUGGGAUUUUGACGGUGCAGGACAUUCAAGUGCGUCGAUGGCGUGCGGAAAUGACGCGCUAUGUCCUGCUGGAGCUUCGCGGGUCUGGCCAACGACCGAUAGCCUUACCCGCCUUUACCUUUAUGGACUCGUCGAGCGCGUUUGUUCCGUAUCGCAUACACAGCACGAGUUCCCCUCAAUCGUUUGACAUGCAGCUGCCGUGGGGAACAUCCUGCUACCGUGCUGCCACGUCAUCGUCGUAUCGAGAGUGGAUUGUCGUAGACUUUUCCACCGUCCAGCAGCUGCAGAGCAUUCAGAUGAGCUUUGACACGUCCGGUUGUGGUGGCUCUGUCGACCCCGUGAGUGCCAUUUCGAUUGCAGUGUACGGCGAUUCAAAACUUGUCCGUACGGUCCCUACAGCAGCGUCGUCCACGGACCCGUGUGCGUGUACGUCGUCCUUUCUCGGCGUACUUUCUGCAGCGUUACCGCCUUUGUGUCAGAAUCGAUGCGCAGUGUUCCAGUGCCCCAGCUGCGCCUUGGAUAGCUUUUCCAACGGCAUUGUCGGGGAAACGCUGGCUGCGUCUGGGUUCCUCGACGUUGCCCUCCUUGUGCCCCCGCCCUCGCUUCCCACGCAAGACGUGGUGCUGCUUCCCACUGGCUAUCGUGCCAUCAUCCUUCGGGACCAGCCCUUAAGCUACUGGCGACUUCAACAGGCCAACGCCGACAGCCACGUCCAAGUCGUGCGAGCCACGUUCGGCACAUCAACUACUUGGCCCCUCGGGUACGCCUUGGUCAACAACGACGCGAGCCUCGUGUUGACAGCCCCGCCCCUGGCUCGUGUCCAGUGGUUUGGCCAGUCGUACCUCAAUGCCGGGGACAGCUCGUUCUCCGUCGAGUUCUGGUUCUCGUUUCCAACGGUAGCACCCCCAGUGACGGUGGUCCUGUUCGCGUACGUGGCGGCCUCCCCGUCAGCUUCGUACGACAUCGGCGUGUUUGCCAACCAAACCUCGUUCUUUACAUUGCGGGGGUAUGGUGGCGUCGUCACGACGUUGUUGGGGCCAGUGGUCGGAGGCGUGCCCAAUGUGUGGACGCACAUCGUAGCCACGUACGACUGGAGCUCACAAGUCCAGACGCUGGCUGCCAACGGGUGGAACGUCGUGACGAACCAGUUGAGUACCUCCGACACGGUGCAGGUCGUCCGAACUGACACGAUCUCACUGCGGUGGACCGGUACGUUCAUGAUCACGUCCGCAUUGGUGCCUUGUCGUAUGGCCCAUGUCGCGACGUACCAGCGAGCGCUUACUCCGUUUGAAACCCUCGAGCACUUUUACUACCCCACGCCGUCCAAAAGCUACUCCACGUAUGCGAUACAGCUGACGUCGCAACCGUCGACCCCCGUGGACGUGGACGUGGUCACGGAAGUGCAGUGCUAUCGGUGGGGGCUGUGCAACACGAGCGCGAUUCCGCCAACCCUUCGAUUCACGGCCAAGAACUGGAACAGUCCGCAAUACGUUAUUGUCCACGGCACGGACGACUCGCUGGCCCAAGGGCUCCAGAUACUGACGAAUCAGCACCAAGCGUUUUGCGCUCCAACGACAACUCCGUCGGUCCAAGUCGCGACGCCGGCGUAUUCCGACGCUACGAGGGCUAACGUGUCGAGCUACUUCCACGACCUUCUGCUAAACCAAGCCACCGCCGCCGCGUUGAUCAACAUCACGGUCGACAGUUUGUUUGGCGAAACCACCCUCUCGUGGUCCACCCAAACGCUGUCAACGUCGGCAGUCCCCCAGGCCGACUACACUUCUGUGGCUGUGCCUCCCAUAGGUCUGAACUUGCAAAGCAUGGCCGUCGCCGGCGUCGUGCUGUCGUCGCCGUACUUGACCGUGUCAGAAGACGGACUGCACGCCGUGUUCGAAGUAGCGCUCGAAACUGAACCCAAGCGCGACGUGCACAUUUACUUCAACGCCAACACCGACUGCUACCGCCCCUGUGGCGUGCCCACGUUGCAAGUUUCGUGUCCGGUGGUGACCACCCCCCUCGUCGGCAACGAGACAUGGCUGUGCAAUGCCACCGUGUCCCCGACGUCGCUUGUGUUUACAGCUGCCACGUGGAACAUUCCGCAACCCGUCACGGUGGAAGCGGUGGACGAUCACUUGGACGAAGCCGACAUCCAUUUCACCACGAUCAAAACCACAACCGCCAGUCUCGACCCCGACUACGAUCAUGCGUUGCUCCCCAACAUUCGCGUGGCGGUGGAAGACAACGACUGGUCGCAAGUGGUAACGUCGCGGUCUUCCCUGGCAUUGACGGAAGCCCGGCCCAAUGACGAAGGCAAUUACACCCUUGUGUUGACGACGGAGCCGUGGUCCGAAGUGAACAUUUCCGUGAGCAACGAAGCCGCAAGCGAAUGCUACCGACUCUGCGGUUAUCCUUUGGACAAGGGGACAUGUGGGUUGCCUCGAGCGUUGGCGGCUAAUUCCAUUGCGCUCGGCACGUCAUCUUCCAAGGAAGUUCAAACGGUCACUGCGUCCAUGACCACGACAAACGGGAUCCAAAAAGUGAUGACGUCCACAACGCAUGUCAACCCGAUCUUUCAAGUGACCAUGACUGGCGGGUACGUGUUGGAAGUGUGGACGCUCCAGAUUCUGUUUCCGACUACGGUGCAGUACUCCAACACGGCGGCCUUUGGAACGACCUUCACGCUUCGACUCGAUGCCAAUACGGUGGCUGCGCUGGAUGCGUUUGCGAGCGCGUCCCAGCUGCAGACGGCGCUGAAUGCUGCGCUUGGCAGUGCGUUGUACGAUGUGGCGACGACGGUGGAUUCGACGUCCUCCCAGUUGGUCAUGACGUGGCGCAUCACGUACCUCUCUAGUGUGGGGGUCCCCGAACUCAGUGUCGCCAUUGCGCCCUUUCCCGCCAUCGCCCUCUUGAAUCGCACAACGCCGUUGCAAUCACCGUCUGGAUCGUGGGUGCUUGGAUACGGCCGCCAGAGAUCGUUGCUUAGCGUGCCUUGGAAUGCCACCGCUGACCAAGUAGCCGCGACCCUCAAAGCCCAAGGAACUGUCAAAGACGUCGCCGUGGUGCAAUCCGCCGCCCGCGGCCCCAGCGUGACGUGGACGAUCACGUUGACAUCUGUCCCGAAUUACUUUCCGCAACUGUUUGUGGACGCGUCGAGAGUUGUCGCGGCCCCUGGCGCCGCUGCCGCCAUCGACAUGACGUGGACGUGCCUGCAGCAAGCCAACACGGUCAACGGAUGGUUCCAACUGUCGUAUCCGGUCAAUUCCACGUUCGUAGCGUUGUCGGCGCCGUUGCUGUACAACGCGACCGAGGCAGAGGUCGUCCAAGCGAUAGCGACGAUUCCCACGGUCGGUCCUGUGCAAGUCCGGCGACGGGCGUUGGCACCAGAACUCACAUUCGAAUGGACGAUCGAGUUCACGGGAAACGUGGGGCCGGUGGGGAACCUCACCGCCGUAUCGCUCAACCUCACGGGGGCGGGCUCAACGGUUGUGAGUGUGUUCAUUCAGCAGGGUGCGGCGCUGUCCGGCACGUUCCAAGUCGCCCUUGGUGGUCGAUUCAAAUUCACGUAUCCCAGUACCGAAGUGUACGACAAGGUGGUGCCCCCGCAAACGACCCCCACCCUACCGUUUAAUGCUAACGCGUCCGCAGUCCAGGCCGCCCUUCUCGCUCUUCCCCUGGGCAUUCCCUUGACGGGGGUAGACGUCACCCGAUCGGAUGGUCGCUGCGACGGGUUCGGAAACUGUCGCGAGUACACGUGGGCCAUCUCGUUCACCAAGACACCGGGUGACGUUCCGUCGCUCGUCGGCACGAGCCAGCUCCGAGGUCCUGGCGCAGCACUGACGGUGGCCACGGUGGCCAAUGGCACGUACUUGACCGGUUCGUUCCGAGUGUCGCUGACGCUCAACGAAUCAGGCGUGGUGUACAGCGGCACCACGUGGCCCCUGCCUGUGAACGUCACGUCGGACGGCGUCAAGGAGGCGCUGGAGGCGUUGCCGUUUGUGACGUCGUAUCGUCAGGGGGACAGCGCGUUCGAUCCGGACCAUCCGUUCGCGACCCCCACGGCCACCAAGGGCGUCCGGGUUACUCGGCAAGGCCCAGAGUUAGAUGGUGGGUACAUGUGGCACAUGGAUUGGUCGCUCAAUGACUGGCUUCGGUUCACUGACGUACGCAUCUCGGUGGACACGACGUCUGUCGGCCAAGAAGUGGUGCCGCCGAUGGUCGCCACUCAAUUUGGACCUAUGGGGGCUCGAUGUGCCCAGUACCCGUUGACCACCUUUGCAUCCGACCCCACUGACAUUUAUGGGUUGCGGGGGUCGUGCGUAUAUCCGCUCGUGGUGACGUUGAGCCCCGAGCGCUACCUCUGCAACGCCACGGUGGUCACGCCAAGACCCAAGUUCGACGCAUCCAACUGGUUCAUUCCGCAGACCAUUCACGUCGUCCCAGUGCACGACUACUUGGACGAGACAACUCCGUCUUCCAACACGACGCAGUCCACGCUCAUGCACUUCCCCUAUACUCUGGACAUGAUUUACGCCAGUCUGGCGGUGCCCAACAUCACGGUGGAGGUCCAAGACGUCGACCGGGCGCAAGUCGUCGUGUCCAGAACCUUGUUGACUGUGAGUGAGAAUGGCACACUCACCGACAUGUACACGUUGACCCUGAUGACAGAACCCCGCGCCAAUGUCGUCGUCGUCGUGUACCCGUGGCUGGACUCGACAAACACGAGUUGCUACCGCUUUGAGCUGUGCAAUGUCACCCUCGACACGAACAACGUGACGUUUACCCCUCAAAACUGGUACCUCCCGCAGUCUGUGCUCCUGCGCGCCACCAACGACGCCCUGGACGAAGCGGACGUCCACUACAGCGGCAUUUCGCACUCCGUAUUUAGCGCCGACCUAAAGUACCACCGACUGGCAGUCCCGACCAUCGACGUGGCCAUCUACGACGACGACGUGUCGGCCAUGGUCGUAUCCAAAACCACACUCGUGGUGGCCGAACUGGGUCGGAAUGAUCAGUUCACGAUCGUGCUGACAUCGGAACCAUUCGCAAAAGUCACGAUUUCGCCUAUGUCCGACGGCACCCCCGCGUUGGGCAAUGUCCUUCUGUUGCCGCCUCCGGUGGUGUUUACGUGGCGGAAUUGGAACGUCCCCCAGACGUUGACGGUUCAAGCGUUUCACGACUGGACUGUGGACCCAGCCCCCCACUCGACGUUGCUAUCCCACGUCGUCUCAACCAACGAUUUGAUCUAUGCCAAACAAGCCGUUGCGAACGUCACCGUGUUCACUGUCGACACGGACGUGGCGGGGGUGACGCUGUCGCAGAUAUCUGUGAACGGCACGGAAGGCGAUGUCGUGUCGUAUGCCCUUCGGUUAAGUUCCAAGCCGUGGUUUCCAGUCACCCUAUCGUUCAAUGCGUCGCAAGGGUGCUACCAAACCAAGUACUCCCGAAAGUGCAAUGUGACCAUGGCCACCCAAACGGUGCAGUUUACCGAAUUGACGUGGAACACGUGGCAGUUUGUGACCGUGUCCAUUACGCUCGACAACUUGGAUGAAGCCGCGGUGCACUCCGCCUUGAUCGCUCAUACCCUAUCCUCCCUUGACGCUGGGUAUGGCGCGGCGGUCGCUGCUCCCUCCAUGACCGUCUACAUCACCGACGUGGACACGUCCGGCGUUGUCGUGCGCGCGUCGCCGUCCAAAUUGACUGUUGCGCAGGGCAGUUUCAAUGCGUCGUACAGCAUCGCCUUGUCUUCGGAGCCCUACGACGACGUGACGGUGCUACUGUCGGUGCCGUUCGAGUCAUUCCUUCCGCGGGGAACCUUUGAUUCCACCAGCUUGGUGCAAGAACCAUUGGUGUACUUGACCGAUAGCUUAAACACGUCGCAAGGGGUCCAAUCCAUCGUGUUUACCCCGUUGAACUGGAACGACAGCCGCGCCGUGGUUCUCGCGGCCAUCACGACGGGGUCCCCCAAGCCGUUGACAAUGCAAACAUCGAUCGGCCAUCGCCCCUUGUCCAAGGACGCCAAGUACAACGCGUCGGCCCCGUCCAUCUUGAUGGCGACGGUUCUCGGGCGUGAGGACUUUCCGCCUCCCAUUCCCAUCCGCGCGGCGUUCGACGGCACGGGGGUGGUGGUCGUGGUCUCAUUCGACUCGCCAGUGUUCCAUGCUGCCACCAUGAGCGUGGACAAGUCCAAAUCGAUUACUCAAAUUGCCGCGAGAUACGUGCUUCCCAGUGCCCCAUUCGACUGCGGGCUUGUCUGGAACACUACUAAUAUGGGAUACUAUCUCGGGGACGGCGCACGAUGCCUGUGGUUGGACCUUCAAACGCUGCAAAUGACAUUGGGCAACCAAGCGACCCUCCUACCGUCUCAUAUCCUCACGCUGCAAACCUGCGCGCCUUCAUAUGUCGUCGACGGCCUCUGCACGUCGCCCUACGUUGUGAAAGCUCGCGAUUUCAACGUGCUGUACACAACCGCCUCCAUUGCGGUCACCGUGGGCUUGGUUGUGGUCAAACCCAAUAUUGUGUUGGUGGGGGCGAAGUUCAUCGGGCCAUGCGGCGACUUGACGCUGGACGCUACGGCUUCCACGGGCAACGCGAACCGUCCGUUUCGGCUCAAGUGGUUCGCCAUGUUAACGACGGCGAUUCCGUCUGACGUGUUGCCUACCAACGCCACCGCCGUGUUGGCUGCCGCGUCGUCCUUGUACUCGACGAUCACUCCUCUUUGCACGUCCCCCUUUGAUUCGAUGACAAGCCCGUUGUCGAGCGAAGACGAGUUCAACUCGAUAUGCGCCCUCGCGUCGCUCGCUGCCACUGCCACGUCACUGACUUGGACAGUGAAUCGUGCGACGUUAGUGUCAACGUCCACGUAUGUGUUUGGCGUCGAAUUGACCAACUACUUCAACCAAAAGUCCACGGCCAUGUACACCGUUCAAACGCGAAGCGAUCCGGUUCCGGUGGUGGCCAUCGCAGGCGACACGACCUUCUCCAUGCGCCGGCCGCGUGCGCUGCAGCUCUCCGCGACCGUCGCAGCCGUCUCGUCCAACUGUUCGACCGCCCAAACCAACACCAAAGUGCAGUUUCAAUGGACCGUCGAGUCUCCAGUCGCCACGAGAUUAACGCUGGUCAACAUGGCGGUGGACCCUCGGACUUAUUCAUUGGCUCCCAACGCCCUGCGAGCUGGCAUCACGUACCGCUUUCGAGUGGACGCGUUCUACCCGGGUCAGCCGACGCUCAUGUCGUCCGACUGGGCCAAUGUCACGGUGGUUCCAAGCGAUCUCGUGGUGAAACUAGUGGACGGCGAUCACGUCAUCGGGUCGGCGGAUCCGCUGGUUGUGAACGCGUCCUUGUCGUACGAUCCCGAUCAAGUCGCUGUCCCAAUGACGUAUGUAUGGUCCUGCCAAGAUGUCACCCCCUCCACCAAUCAAACCAAAUCCACGGCGGGGGAAGUGCCUUGCCUCAACCCCCAAACGGGCACCGCCAUAGAAUUCUCAUCGGCGAACUUGUCGGUCUUGACGUUGCCCGCAUUGACGUACCCCCCAGCCAAAGUGCUGAAUAUGACUGUGCGCGUCAUACAGAAUUGCACGGGUGCAGUGACACCAUGCGCAACCACUCGCGUGGGGACUGCGAGUGUGCUCAUCACAACUGUGAACGGCCGCAUUCCCGUUGUGCGAUGCCAGUCGAUUGUGGCGCGAGUGAAUCCGUCUGCCAAGGUGAUGCUGUUGUCGUCGGUAGAAUCUUUGUAUCCGUACACGACCACAUGGAGUCAAGAUCAAGGGGACUUAAACCUGACUUCGACCAACGUGUCGGCGUUUGUGUUUCCCGUCACCGCGAUGCAAAAUGCGUUGGCUCCGAAUGUGCUAACCCCAGGCAAAACGUACAUCUUCCGACUGACUGCCACAGACUCGAACGGCGCGCAGGGGUUCGGCACUGUGUCCAUCACCGUCAACAGUCCCCCGAGCCCCGGCUCCCUCACCGUGUCGCCGCCCCUGGGCAUGGCGAUCCAGGACCAAUUCACGCUGCGGUGUGAAAACUGGAGCGACGAAGACCAGCCCGUGCAAUAUUCAUUUUUUAAACUCGAUUCAGUGACUGGCGGGUGGAUUCCGCUGGCCCCUCCACAGACCCUCCCGAGCACCCAGACUCGCCUCUUCCUUACCAACACGUCCGAGACCAAUGGCACCGUCCAAGUGCUCGCCGUGAUCACGGACGCCUUGGGCGCGUCCACUUCCGUCAUGGCGUCGGCCAUUGUCGUGCAGCCCGUUAUUGUCGACGUCGCCGCGUUCUGGACCCAAACGAACAACGGAACGUUCGCCACAACGCUGAACGCUGGUAACUUGAACGACGCCAUGACGGUGCUCAUGUCCACGACGGCCCUCGUCAACGCCAAGGGCACGUGCAACGCCACGUCCUGCGGGGCCCACGGUCGCUGCAACAACGUCACGGUGGUCUGCGACUGCGUGUCCGGCUAUACGGGGACGGCGUGCUCCAUCUCGACCGCGGUCGUGACCUCGAUGACGGCCGAGAUGCUCACGUCCCUUGCAUCCGUCACCACCGUGAUGGACCCGACGCCGGCGUCGCUCACCCAGAGCGUGCUCACUUUAAGUAACAUUGUCGCCAUCAACGACGUGGCGACCAUGGAAGUGGCGAACGUCGUCGUGGCAGCCAACAUGCUCAAAGAUGCGACCUCCCACAUGAUGAAACAGGAUGAUCCGUCCAGCAUGGUCGCGUCGGUCGGCGCGACGGUACUGACUGCCGCCAGCUCGUUACUUCAGACGACGAAAAAGGACCUCGUGCCGGCUUCUGCCGGCCGCCGGCUCGCCGAGGAUGCCGUAUCGACCAUGGAUGAUGUAAGCUCGUGGUUGAUGCAAUCCAUGCUUUACAUGGCGGCCAUGAGCAGCCUGAAUCUCUUGGCAGGGGAACCCCCUGUGGACAUCCGGUCCAACGGCGUGGCGACGUUUUCCGUCCUCGGGAACACGCUGUCGUACACUUUGGACGAGGCCGCCAUCACGCCGACAGUUUCCACGGUCCAAUUGACCCCAGCGGCCGUCGCGUGUCUGGGGGACUUGUUUUUCAUUGAUGCAGUGGUGUGGACGACUCCGAGUCACUCGCGCGCCUUGUCACAAGACACGCCGGCGCUCGCUCCGUCCGUCACAGUCGCCAUUCACACGGCGACCAGUGUGCUCCAGGCGCGAUACCAAGGUCUGUUGUUGGCCAUGUCAACCGUUGCCCCCAACGAUCCAUGCAUGCGCGAGCAAAAGCUCAAGGCAGGCAACAUGGACGCCUCUCUUCCCCUGGCGACCGUGACGGUAGCCCACCCAGCACUCACCAAAGGGCCGCGGUAUGCAACCGCCUGUCGGGUAUGGAAUGGUGCGGUUAAUGGUUGGGAUUCGAGUUCGAUUUGUUCAAAAGAUAUGGUGACAAGCUCGGCCACGUCCACGACGUGUGUGUGCGACACGCUGGGCUCGUUGGAAGUGGUCAUCGUGUCAGAAGAGGUCCUAACGUUUGUCCCCCAACACCCGACGAUGUACCGCAACGAAAGGCCGUCCGUGGUGCCCGUCGCCACGUUGAGUGUGCUCUUGUUGGCGUAUGUCGGGGGGAUGGUGUGGGGCAAGCGGCAAGACAAAGCUGACAAGGAGGCAGUGCGCUUGAAACGACUCGGGAUGCUGAGCAAGGAGACGUGGAAGGAGCUGCUGCUGCACGAGUCCACCAAAUCCACCGCCACCAUGCGCAACGUCCAGGGGCCGCAGCUGGAAAUGUACAAGAAGAGCACCGCCAAUGCGUUUAUGACGACGUUUCGCACCCCAAACAGCCACGACCCCAAGCCAGCCAACGACAGCGAGGCCUUGUCGGCCAUCGCUGCAGAGUCCACCGCGCUUGACGUUCUUGCCGAUAUGGCGCUCCACGAAGGAGCGCUGUUCGGAACAUUGCGGUUGCAAUCGCAACAUGUUCUUCUUCGUCAGAGUUUGCAAGUCGUCAACGGCUUCCUAAUCGUCGUGUCGGUUGUGUUUAUAGCUGUGGGCGUGGACUUCAUCCACUUUCUCGGCAACACAACACAUAGUGUCGUACUUGUGCUCUACGGUCCCACAGUGGGAACAGUCUUUUUGGGCUUUGGCUUGUCACUCGCCGGGGUGGCGUUGCUUGGGGUGCUCGUGGCGUACCGAAACACGUCGAGUCGGCUCCGAGGCCUGUAUAUUUUCCUUAUGUUUGUGCUCGUGGUGGGGGAGUGUGUACUGCUCGCGAGUGCGUACAAGCACUUGGUCGACGUCGAAGCGUUUCCAGAGGCGACCAAGGUGUACCUCCAGACCCUGUGGGGGGGCUUCUCCGACACGAUUCGAGGGGACAUUCAGACUCAAAUGGGGUGCUGUGGGUUCGUCUCCACGUCCGACGCCCCCGUGUUGCCGUGUCCGGAAGAGUCCGUCCCAGACAGUGUCGACCGUCGCACGUGCUUUCGCGAGCUGACAAAAGCCGCGUCCACGUUGUUUGAGAACGUGUUUACGUCGCUGAGUGGGGUCGUUGUGAGUCAGAUCGUUGCUUUGGCGCUUGCCAACGUUCUCGUGCGCUGGGAAAGAAUCCGAAUCGACAAUCUGUCUCAUGGGUUGAAAGGGGACUCGAAGCUAUUUGUGAUUGUCUUGCGGUGCACCCUUCCCGUCUGCUGUCACCUGAGCGCCUCAGCAGCGGUGUUUGGGAUUCUAGCUGGAUUGGAUGCAAUUCUUCAGUGGAAUGUGUUUGCCUUGGCGUCGGCGUCCGUGUUCUUGAAGCUCGAAGUGGGCCUGCCCCUUGUGAUCGUCAGUGGCCUCUACUUGGUGCUGCAUACGAUGGGUGCUUGGGCGCUAGCAGGGGUCCAUGCAAGGCAAAUGAAAUGGUUUGCCGUCGGACAAGUGGUGUUAUUGGUCGCCGGGGUCUGCUUAUCCAUCGCCCUUUACACAGUCGCGUCCAACCUCGGGUCGUACGCGACUCUUCAGGCCAUGUUGGAGGCUCGAUACGUGGCACUCUCGACACACAACAAAUUGGAUCUAGAAACGGCGUUUGCGUGUUGUGGCUUCAGUUUGCAGGCCCAAGGCACGUGCACGUCAAGCACCAUCCUCCCGCUCUGCGCGCCCUCCAUCAUGAGUGCGGUCCAGCACUUCUGUCUAACCACCCUGAAUCGCCUGCUCGUGUUUCUCGCAUCCCAGGGGGCUUUGCUGCUCUGCACCGCCCUCUUCCUCGCAUAUCAAAAUUCCCAUGCGACGUCGUCCGCCCUAGUAUUGGACACCGCCGACGAGUUCUCAGAUCCCACGAGUGUCAUAGUCACUCGCGUUUGCACUCAAAUCCUCGUGUUUGCCAGCGUCGCUGUGGUCUUUUGUGGUUCUAUUCUCGUGGGUGUCGCGUGUGACUUGCUGUUUGCGACCAAUUUGGUCACCGUGUCGGCGGUGUUGGUGGCCUUUAGCUACCACGCUGGCACGUACAUCUUACUGCUCGGCCUCGCGGUGUUGGCGGUAGGCGGUCUUGGGGUCUACGCGGGCCUCACGCGUCGAAAGAAGUGGCUGUGGGCGACGGCCGUCGUGCUGGUGGGUGUCACGUUGUCGCUUCUGGCGUUGUUUGCUGCGGCCUACCGCAUCCAGAACCCCCAAAGUUCGUCUGCAACGAAUGCGUCGUUGCUGUCGGCAUGGACCAACUUUGCGCCAUCGACGCGGCAUUUCGUGCAGGAAGCGUACUUGUGCUGUGGGUUUGCUAAGGUCUCCACGACAACGGGCGACGUCAACUUUACGCUGCCAUACCUCGAGCCCACGUGGAACGAUGCCAAUAAUGUCACCAAUGUCGAGUACACCCCGCACUGCCCACCCGACGCCACGGAUGGGUGCAGCGUGUACAUGAUGGAGACGCUGGCUCGCGCGGCGGCGGUGGCCACCAAAUCGUCGGCCGCGGUAUGUGCGCUGCUGGUGGCGGUGUUGGUUGCGACGGGGGUGCUGUACUACCGCCAAGGGAAGAAGAAGCCAGCUACAUGGCAAGUCUGGAUGACGCAAGUGGUCAUGAUCUUGGUCGUGACCUGCGUGGUCGUGACGCUCCUAGGGCUGGGGCUCGUUGGGGUGGACGUGGCGGCCGGCACGACAGUGUUUACGUCGAGUGUGAUCCAGACUUUGUUUGGUCAUUCCAUUGGUGCGCUCGUCGUCGUCUUUGUCACGUACGCUAGUGCCGUGACGUCGUACGGAUUGUACGGAUCGAUUCAAAAGAUUCUGCAUGUGGUGCUCAUCUACAUGGGGCUCACGCUUGGUCUGGUGGUGCUGGGAUGGAGUUCCGUGGGCGUCGUGAGCUCCAUGACGACAUCGACGUUGUCGUGGCAGCCACUGCUGGACACGACCCUCGAUAGCAUUUGGACGGGGCUGUCGUUUGAUUCGCGUAUGUUUGUCGCCGAGAGCCGGCUAUGCUGCGGCUACAACGAUCCCGUGUUGGUUGGAAGUUUGUACCAGUUUGAUCGAGCUACCUCGUCCGACGGCAAGUCCUUGGCGUGCCCCACUGGCCUUCGCACGGGGUGUCGCAGCGUACUAUUGCAGGACGCCGCCGCCCUCCUCGGCCAGCUGUUUGAGCUCCUCGUGGCCUUCUCAACGCUGGAAUCGAUAGCGUUGGUCACGUCGAUGUUGCUAUUGCGAGGGCUAAUUCUGUUGCACCGAGAUGUAUGGGUCGGCAUUGUCAAGAAGAUGCGAUGGUGGGGCGCCAAGUACCGCGACGACAUUGACCGCCACCACAUGACGCGUUCGUUGUGGAAGAACUACGACGCAAAAUUCUCUCGGCCGCAGCGCCUCACGUGUAUAUUGUGUGCGGUGGCCACGCUGGCCUUUGUGAAUGCUGUCGUGCAGACCAACCACGGAUGUACGCGGACGUCAAGCGUCGAGUGCCAACCUCUGUCCCCCGCGGCCCUGCUGUCGUUGGGAUUGGUGUACAGCUUGGUGAGCCUCGUGGUGCAAAUCGCGUUUGUCGGAUUGUUUUCGCACAUUCGGCAUCGCUACGACGACGACGACGCGGCUAAAGUUGCCGAACGUCGGCGCAAGGAAAAAGUGUACUUCCGGGACGUGAUGAUGCAGAGUUUACAUACGCUGAUGGCCAAGUUCGGGCACUUGACCAUGGUGACAUCGGAGGAGCGGUUUUACACCUGGUUUGUACACCAAGUGGACUGGCUCGCGUUUGUGUUGUGCUGGCUGCGUGUGUUUCUCGCAGUGGCCAUCGUGGUGUAUAUGAUUCUGGGCAAAGUGGGUCUCGGGUUUUACAUGUUUGGACUGGAAGUGCCUUCGUCGAUCGACUUUGUUGUCGUGCCGGGUCUCAUGAUGUUGUCCGCUGGGGGGGUCCUCGUCUGCACGAGCCUCAAGCGCCGGACACUGCACUCCCGAUUCACCCACUUGGGGCUUCGCGCGGCGACAGGUGUCAGCCUCGUGCUGGUGGUCGUGCUGGCGUUGGUGGUGUUUCUCAUCUUGCAGUCCAUGGAGGAGCCCACGACGCCCCGCAACUGGACUAUUCGAAAUACCGGGUUUAGCGUUGUGGAUGCGUUGCGCGCCAUUUGGUUGGGCGAUACAUCCGGCGUCCUCCGCCUGCAGUGGCAGUCCCAACUGGGGUGUUGUGGGUUCCCAGAAUUUCCCGCCCGGCCGUGUCCGCCAGGUCCAUCGACGCAACAAAACGUCACGGCGACUAAAGUCGAUGGCACGAUCAUCGUUAAGCGCAUCACGGUGGUUGCCGACCUGGGUGGGUGUCAAGACAAGAUGCUCGCGCAGGUUCAGUCGGUGGCCCAGAUCGUCCUCGCUGUAUUGAUUGUCAUGGGGGUCAUGGAACUCUUGGUGGCUGCGUGCACGACCUUCCUCGCGCGGGACAUUCUCAUUUCAUGGGAUGCCAAACUUCGUCACGCGUCCGUCAAGAAGACAAACGCGGUUCCUCCCGCCGACGAGUUGUUCGAUAUGUCACCGGCGACCAUUGCGCCGCCGCAACGGGGUUGCCUCACGUCGUCGUUGGUGCAAACGAGCAUCGACAACGUCAGCGAGGCCGUGGCGACUGCGUUGGCGCAGACCCCGCUGUCCCCCCACACCCGGCUCGUGCCCAUGUCCCACGACAAGCUCCAGCGCAAGCUCAACAUCCGGUACCCGUCCUGGAUCGUUAAAGUUGUGUAUGUGGUUUGCGGGGUGUGGUGUGCGGGGUUUGGUGGCGGCGCCAUUUUCAUUGCGUGGGACUUGAGUGACUAUGCGGCUCUGCCGUGGCUGGGCGUGUUUGUGUGGAGCGCAGUCUUGCACGGCGCGGUGGUUGAGCCAGCCUACGUCUUUGGCCUUGUCAUGUCCAAGACGCUGUCGGCGUGGUGGAAGCAGACGUGGAUGGCAGCCUUGAUCGGCAUGGGCAAGGCCAUUCUCCACCUGGACGACGCCGCCACGCCCGACGACGCCACGGUGAUCAUGGAUCCGUUCCUCCGCAUCCGCCAUAGCUCGGCGCUGGUGAUUCAAAGGCGGUGGCUGGCCAAACUCGCGCGGCUACGGUACUUGGUUAUUUUGCGCGUCGCGAGGGAGAACGCGCACCGCGUGGCGGUCGAGUCCCGCGCCCGACAGGUCAAAGCUGCCAUCGCCGGGUUCACCCGUGAAGAAAUGAACGCGUUCGCGGUGCUAUUUCGGGACGCCGACCACGCCAAGACAGGCCUGGUAUCGUACAAGGUGGUAUCGCAUGCAGUGUAUGCGCUGGGGGUGAAGGUGCCCACGGCGGUAGUCAAGCAGUACCUGGAGGCACUGGACAGGGGAUUCGUGGACCUGAUCGACCAAGACUACUUUAUGUACGCCAUGUCGUGUAUUCGGGGCUACCAUCAAGACCAGCAAGUGGCCCAAGUCACUACGGACGAGAUCGUCGUGUCGUCGUCGUUGCAAGGGAAAACGCAAAUCAAAAAGCAAAACAUGCUGCGGGAUCUCAAAGAUAAACGCACGACCAUCUCCAAGCAGUUGAUGAACAAGGUGGAGAAAUUGACGUCCAAGCUGCGUGCUGACUCGGAUGAGACCGAAGAUGCGAAACCCUCGGGCGCGUACAUCCUUCUCAACACGAAAAAGACGAUGGCCAAUGCCUCGCCCCCGCGAACGGGCAACGUUCGCCAGGCGACGAUCGAUGCAUCGAACAUCAACUCGAUCGGGACGGCGACCGCUGAAGGGCGCAAGAUUGACACGGACAAGGAGACUGUUGAACAGGUGCAGCAGGCGGUGAGACCCACGCCCAAAGCGUUGCUUUCGGUGCGCGCGACGAAGGACAUGGAGAAGGCCAUCCAUCAAAUGAAGCUCAAACAGAAGUCCAAAAAGUAGAUCAUUGCGGUAUUAAUAUAUUGUUGCAUGAUGUGUUUCUCUUCAA